AGGGCAAAAAAAAUGGCGUGGAGUUGUUGUGCUCGGGUUUGGGUUAAGCAGGAGUUACUGGCAGGUGGAAGAAUCCGGGAGCACAGGUUUACUCUGUGUACACAACAGAGAAAUGGAUUUAGAAAGCCAGCACAGAAGGGUGUUCUGCAGAGGCCAAAGACAGAAAUUGGUUCUAAGCCAAAGAAAAGUGGCUUGUCUCCUCCAGUUCCGGAGCCAGUCUUUGAUGAAACUUCCCGUUCAGUGAAGAAGCUUGUAAAACCAUUCAUCUUUGCAGUUGGGUUUUCAGGCUGUGCUUUUGGAUCAGCUGCUAUCUGGCAGUAUGAAAAUCUCAAAGCCAGGGUACAGAAUUAUUUUGGGGAUGCUCGUGCAGAUUGGAUGGACAGGAUGCGUCCACAGAAGGGACUGGACUUCAGAAGGCAGAUUAACCUGUGGUGGAAUAGUCUGAGCAACGGGCAGCAGGCUGUGUCAGGCAUUAUUGCAGCCAAUUGCUUGGUAUUUUGUUUAUGGCGAGUACCUUCUUUGCAUCGAAUAAUGGUCACAUAUUUCACAUCUAAUCCAGCUUCACGUGUCCUGUGUUCUCCAAUGUUGCUGUCUUCAUUUAGUCAUUUCUCAUUUAUGCACAUGGCAGUCAACAUGUAUGUUUUGUGGAGCUUCUCAACCAGCAUAGUCGCUCUUCUGGGACGUGAACAAUUCUUGGCAGUGUACCUCUCUGCAGGCGUUAUUUCCACAUUUGCCAGUUAUGCCUGGAAAACGGCAACAGGAAGGUUUGGACCAUCACUUGGUGCUUCAGGCGCUAUAAUGACCAUCCUUGCAUCAGUAUGUAUGAAGAUCCCAGAAGCCAAGCUAGCUAUAUUAUUUCUUCCAAUGUUCACAUUUACAGCUGGAAAUGCUUUAAAAGCAAUUAUCGCAUUGGACAGUGCAGGACUUGUUCUGGGCUGGAAGUUUUUUGAUCAUGCUGCACACCUCGGUGGAGCUCUGUUUGGAAUAUGGUAUGUAGCAUAUGGGAACAGUCUAAUAUGGAAUAAUAGAGAACCAAUUGUAAAGGCUUGGCAUACAGUGAGGACUUGGAAGCCAAGGAAAUGAGGUGGGGCUCAUGGCUGCUGCAUUGUAGAAGACACUUGUACAGAAAUGGUGUGCUACUCGGAUGAAGACAAGGAAAGUGAGUUGCUACACAAGACAUACUGGAAUCUUUAGGUCCUCCUGUGGUAACUUUCUGCUUGAAAAUAAUGCAUUUGGUAAGAAAUAUGGCAGAAUUAAAACAAUAAAGAUUUGUAUCAGUGCUUUAUUAAAUGAAUCUGUCAGUUUCACAGAAUAUUUAGGAGCAGAAAUAAAAUGACAUCAUUUGCCUAAUGUAUUUUUCAGUAGCUAAGGAAACAAUCCAAGUAGUAGUCCUGAUACAAUAUUGCUUUGGUAUGUUCUCCUUGCCUUAUUCUUUUGCAGUCUGUGUUUGAUAUGAGUAGUGUCAGGGUCUGUGACCAGAGACAAGACAAGAGCAACAGAGGCACCAGGAUCAGGGCAACAGAACUUCAUGAAAGACAGAGUCCAAAAGCAGAGUUUAAUGGAAAAUUCAAAUCAUUGUCAUGGUACAGGCUGAGGUCAGGAACCAAAAAAAUGCAUUAGGGCAGAAUAAGAAUGUGGUCAGAAACAAGCUAAGCGUUGAGAACCAGGAGGAAAAACAGAAGUGCCAGGUACCUUGGACAGGAUAACAAGGCAAAAGACACUGCGUGACAGGAACCAGCUGCAGCCAAGGUCAGGCAAGAUGCAGAAGACAUGGCAAGGCAGGAGGCACAGCAGGAACCAGGAGCCGGCACUACAGCAAACAGAAGGCCCUGUGUUGCUGAGGCCAGUUUUGGAGGGAAGAGCUGGCUCUUAUAUACCUCUUUUCCCAGAACUCCCAGCUGAUGCUUGUCAGUAGCCUAAGAGCUUUAGCAAGGCCUAGAACUGAUCCUACAUAUAAGGUGGUGGUUCCUCUGGUUCUGGCCACCAGAGCAGGCCAGAGCCUGACAAGUAGUGACAGAUGCUCUAAUUUUAUAGGCACACAUUUACACAGACCCAGACCAUAUUUUGGAAAUGCAUUAUAAAUGUUGGGAAGCAUCCUGUGUUACAAAUUAGACAAGACACACAAGUCAUGUAUAUCUUUCUCUGAUCGUAAUUGAACCAGGAGGGAGCCUUGGAAAAGAAAUCAUGAAACUAUACCUCUUUCCUCUACAUUCCUCUGUUCAAACUUGUAACUCCCCAGGGUUGUGCUUUGUUAUUCAAAAAGGGAAAAGAAAAGUGAGUACAGAUCACAUCUAGCUUGGUCCAUAUGUGGGAUUAGAGAUAAUAAGCAAGAAUUGUAAUUGAUGGAUAUAAUACAAUUCUACAUGUGAAAAGGAACUGAAUGCCAUCAUCUGGCGUGUAUUAGAAUAAUUUUUUCUAUAAAACUGUUAUAUAAUACACAGCGUUAUUAUUUCAGUUGUAUUUAUCAACAGAAAAGAGGAACAAUGCAGGUACAAAUUCUCAAAAGACCAGUAAUAACUUCAGAGACUUGUACACAAAUUAUAUCAAAUGAUAGCUGAGUAAACCAUGCAUCAUUCACAUGUAUAUAUGCAGUGUCUAAAACAUUGGCUGAACUCUAAGAGCAGUAUGAGGCUUCUCCAUGUUUAGUGAUGUUCUCUCGCUCACUCUCUUUUUGAAUGGCCAACAUACAUUCUGUAUCACAAUCAGCUUGUGAAACUCCUCUUUCCAAAAAGUGAGUUUCCAUGUUGCAUGGUAGGUUGCUGCUUAAGAAAUAACUCCAGCGCUCUCUUGUACAUGGAAUUAAUUACAUAAUUUGUUUUACAUCAUGGUCAUUGUUAGAUUCUCCUAUUAAAGUUGUUGCAGCAGUGUUCUACAUGUGUAAAAUCGGAUGAACUCUUCUGUUCAAGUGAUUAGCAAUUUGUGAAUUGAGGUAUGUAAUGGCUGUAGUUCUGAAAACCUUUCUUCCAAAGAAAGUUAUCUCAACUAAACUCUUUUGUACUGAUAA